UUGUGUUCAAAUUAUCGGGUCGCUGAACGACUACACUAUAUAUACGGCUCGAGACUCAGAACGUUGAGAGGAAUACGUCCAGUAACGAUUCACGCGAGUAUUUCGUUGAAUACACGAAAGUAUUAAAAGUGAUUUUUUUAAAAAAACUUGUCAAACUUCACUCAGUGAGCAUUGUAUAGGUAUUGAAUUGUCAAAAUUUCGAUUUUGGCGUAUCAGAAUUAUGACGACGAACGAUCUGCAACUCGGUGAGGACUCUGCCCAACGUCCACAAUGCCAAACAAUAGAAGAAGAAGAAGAAGAAGAAAAAGAAAAAAAAGCUAAUAAAAAAGCAAUUAGAAAAGCUAAAAGAAAAGCAGCAGCAAAAGCUAGAAAAGAGGAAAAAAAAUUAAAAAUAAAAGAAGAACAAGAAAGACAACUAGCGGAAAAACGCCGAAUAGAGCGGCUCAAUCUACCUCACUUGCAACAAUUGAAGAAAUUGCGAUUAUUCGACUGGAGGAACGAAGAGCGGAGAUACAGAAUGUUCCACGACCUCCUGGUGUACUUGUGUCAGUUCUGGGUCGGUCCGGCUCCGAAUCUUCGAGAGAUCUUCAGCACCGAGGAGAUGGACUGGCUUCUCUUACAGGCCGUCGAGCCCGAAUCGCACAUGUAUCCCGUGGGCUGGAGAAAAAUCGUGAAACGCGCCGGACCGGUGUUGGUCGAGUUCGCGUUCAACAGCGGCUACAGGGACGAUCGCGAGCCGAGCGAGCCGUUUGAAACUCGCGUCACGGCGAUCCACCACGAGGCGCGACUGAUGAAUCCUCGCGUGAGAAACCGCAACAUCAUGCCGAUGCUCUUCCGGAUCUACGACAGGUUCGACGUGAAUUACCGGGACGAGGCGGGAUUCACGCACAUGCACGCGGCCUGCCAGGCGGCCCUCGACAACGUGGUGCGGAAAUUCCUGGACGCGGGCCACGACCCGAAUCUCCCGGUGCCGGACACGGGCAACACGCCGCUGCAUCUCGCGGUGCACUGGGGCUGCACGACCCUGGUGAAGACGCUGCUCCAGAGGGGGGCCAAUCCGAAUCUGGCCAAUCGCCAGGGACUGACGCCUCUGCACCUGAUCUGCGAGAACGAGUCGAAGAACGGCUACAGGAUGGCGAGGUAUCUGUUCGAGUUCGCGCGCGACGAGUACAGGCCGCUGCUGGUCAACUGUCGCGACGAGCUGAUGGGCAGGACGCCGCUGCACGUGGCUCUGCGCCACGGCAAGCUCAGGCUGGUGGCGCUGCUGCUGAACGAGGGCGCCCGCGCCUAUCUGCUCAACCAGGAGGCCACGACGCCUCUGCACGUCAUCUGCGACCGGCCCAACGACUUCGUGGAGCUGGCCGAAUUGUUCUUCAAGAUUUACGAUCGCAGACGGAGGAAGCAGGUGCGGGACGCGAACGAGCAAGACGACGAUGGUAUAUUUUCGCAGAACGACGACGACGACGACGAUGCGUCGGUGCAGCACGACGAGAGCGACGAGUCGGUACCGGUCGACGACGCCGAAAACUUGCCGAAGGUACAGGACGACGAGAACGAGCUGGAGAAGUUGUUACUGGCCGACGACGAAACCCUGCAGAAGGUGCAGCUCGACGCCAUGUGGGUGCACGUCGACGACCUGAUACCGGUGCAGCACGACGACGAGAACGAAAAGUCGACGCAGUUCGGUAAGAUCGAGAAGUCGAUACAGGUAGGCCAUGUCGAGGUGCAGGUCGACAUGAUCCAGAGGCCGUUGAUGUACGUCGAACUCGAGGAGUCGCUGGAGGUCGACGAGAGCGAGAAAAAGUCGAAAAGAAGAAGGACGCGAGCCAGCAGGUCAAAACCAACAUUGAAAAAUAAGACGACGCAGAAGGGCGAGAAGUCGCCACUGGUCGAAACGAUCGACGCGUCGACGCAGGUCGACGAGAUCGCGAAACCGGCGCAGAUCGUCCGGAUCGACGCGUCGACGCAGGUCGACGACAUCGAGCUGUCGGUGGUGGCGCAGAUCAACGCCGAGGACGAGCAGGGCAGGACGCCGCUGCGUCUGGCCCUGCGUCGGGGCAACGCGAAGCUGGUGGAGUUUCUGCUGCGGCGCGGCGCCGAUCUCGUACGAGCCAGCGAGAGACCGCUGCAUCUGGCUCUGCGCCGGGGCAGCCCGGAGCUGACGGAGUUUCUGCUGAGACGAGGCGACGUCGAUCCGAAUCUGGCCGACGACGAGGGCAGAACGCCUCUGCACGUCAUCUGCGAGAGACUCGACGAUUGGGACGAUCUGAUGAAGCUGUUCUUCCGGGUCAACGACGAGCUGGGCCGGCUGAUCAAGCUCGACGAGAAGGACGAGUGGGGUCUGACACCGCUGCAGGUGGCCGUGGCGAAUCUUCGGCCGGAUCUGGUCGAGCUGCUCUUGGAUCGUGGCGCCGAUAUCGAUCGCUUCGCCUUCCCCACGGAGGAUCACUUCGGCGUCGAGUACGAUCUCUCGAGCAACGAGCGUUCGGGUUACUUCGGAAUAAGACUGGCGGCCGGUGCUAUCGGUGUUGUCGAGUGCUUGGAGAAACGAAUGAAAUUGCCGAAGCGAGGCAUCGCCACGAUCAUGCAAUUUUUCGCCGAUAACGAUCUGCUCCAGAGCUGGGCGGAUCUGGACGGCGAGGCGACGUGGCGCCAGGAUGCAUGUUUCCUGGAUGCAGUCAAGAGCAUCCCGAUGACUCCGAGCCUGUCGCUCUACGAGCUGCUUGACAAACGACCCGAAGAAUUAACGGCGGAAGGAGUAACGUACAGGGAACACAUCGAGUUGGAAAAGAGAAUGAGACAAGAGAGGGAGAGGUCCUUGCGGCCGAUCAGGAAGAAGAAAAAGGAAGCGGCGGUCUUGUCGCCGCUGCUGGCGCUGCCCGAGAGGUACAGCCAGACCUGCGUCAGGCUACUGGCCGAACAAGUGUCGCGUGGAUUCUUUCUUCGACACGCGCGCGACACGAGGUACGCCCGCGAGAACGAACAAUUGGUCGAGCAGCUGAUGAACCGAUAUCUGCAUCACGUCUGGCUGACGGCCGAUCAAGAUCCACGCCUGCGUUAUCGGUACAGAGUGAAGCAGCGGCCGGAAGAAGACACAUGCGAGCCGUGCGCAACGAUGGAAAAACUCGAGGACGUGGAAUGUAGCAAGAAAAAGGCAAACUUGAACUACGCCGAUUCGAUCGUAGUCUUGAGAGAUCACAAAGACUCGGGCCUCUUUGAUUCGCUCGCGGUUACAAGAGGACGCAAAGAUUCGAGCCUCGCCGAUUCCAUCGCAGUCGUGAAGGAGCACAAAGAUUCGGGCCGCUUCGAGUUACUCGCAGUUACGAGAGGACGCGAUUCCAAACUAGUCGAUUCGAUUGUAAUUAUGGAAGAAGGCGAGGAUUUCCUCGUGGACAUCAAAGAACUCAAGGGUCCAAGCCGCGCUGAAUCGAUCGUAGGUGCAGUAAAACGCAAAGAUUCAGGACUGCCCGAAUCAAUAGCAGGUUUCAAAGAACGCAAGAACUCGGGACUCGCUGAGUCACUCGUAGGUGGUGCAAAAGAACGCAAAGAUUCGGGCCUCGCUGAUUCGCUUGUAGAUGGAGAAACACAAUUAUGGUAAUGAAACUCGAGCAGAUUUGAGAAAUCUCUUCUUUUUUCAACGUUUACUGUAUAAAAAACGAAACAAAUGUGUGACGAAAUAAAUAGUGAGAAACUUGUUGACACCAUUUAUUUAAAUAAAAAAUAUGAAUAAGUAAACGAAUAAAAAUUAGUAUUGAUUUUUUCUUCCGAUUAAAACAUGAUCAUCUAAGUAAAAGACUUGAAUUGUUUCCCUCAAUUGUUGCCUGUUAGAACUAAAAAUGACUUGGGAUAGAAAAAGCCUAUUCCCUACACUGUCGACUCUCUUACCCCCGCUCGUACAAUGGCCGAUAUUGAAAGGGUUCAUUUGUAUAAUAUCUCCAAAAAUUGUCACAAUCAGAAAUUUACAAUAGUCGAUGAAAUCAUUUUUAAAUCCUGCCAUACCUUUUCAUUCUGGCAGUUAAACACCGUCGCCUACGACAUCGCGAAGUUUUUUUAGUUCGCAGCUGUUAUACUAACCGAUGGAACGUAGGGUAGCAGCAGCGGCGCACAGAUAAGACGACUGCGAUACGCUAUACGGCUGCGGCACGCGGCGGUGGACGUGCCAGGCGUAUAAACACAUUCAAAAAUCAAUAACAUGUCGCGGAGAAUCGGAGCGUCGUCGACGCACACGACUCCCGGGAGUGUUGUUUAUAUUUUUACAUAUUUUUAUUGCAGUUGAGAUGUGCCGUGUAAUCAAUUAUCGACGAAUGUCACUGUCGACGCCUUGAAUUGUUUUU